AUGCCUAUGAGACUCGCAGCGCUCCCCGAGAUCAUCGCCAUGGUCGGCCACGCAGGCAUCAUCGGCGGCGCCACAGUCGGAGCAUGUGCGCAAUCCGGCAGCUGUCCGGGCUGGCAUAAUAAGCGCAACGUAGACAUGCCAGAGGCGGUAGUCACUGAUAUCCUGCUCGCCAACCGCCAGACCGGCGUCGGUCCCUGCAACGUCCGGCAGUACAAUUUCGACCAGUGCAAGGACUCUCUGCAGGGAAUUACGAUAUCUUCUUCUCUGCCAGCCCCCGGUGAGGCCCGCUUCGACAACGUCCCGGCGACUUGCAUGAAUUUGGCGACGGUCCUCACUGGAGCCUGCGGUGCGGAUGGUCCGGCUGUUCAGCCUUGUGGUUCGGCUUGCCUGCACUACUAUGGAUUGACGAGCAACGAGCUCAAGCAGCUCUCGGCCGCUCUUAAGCCUAUGGCGAAGUAA